AUUUAAUUACCUGUGACGAAGAACCCUUGAGGAGAUGCUGCUGGAUCCGGCAAAGAUGAGGCGAAAUGUGGAAACAAACGCCACUGUAGUAGCAACUGAGCGAAGAAACCCGAUUGAAAAGAAAAAAGAAACAACAAUUAGGAUUCUGUGAUGAAGCCAUGCGUCCACCACCAUUAGAGCUCAGCAAGCGGACUACAACACGUAAGAAGUCUCAGAAGUUCACAUUGAAGUUUCCUUUAGUGGAUAUUGAAGCCGCUCACGAAGAAAGCGAAGGAAAGGAGUUCAACAAAAAGGAGUCUGAGAAGGAGAAGAUCGCAGACUGGAAAUCGGUGGCGAUAAGCUCUCUUACCAUUCUCGCCGUCAUCGGUCUACAGAAACUUUUCAGUGCUCUUCGGCCGUCUGUGUCUCCGCCGAAAUCGCCGGGAAAUACUGUGUCUCCGCCGAAAUCGCCGGGAAAUACUGUGUCUCCGCCGGAAUCGUCGGAAAAUACUGUGCCGCCUCAGUAAAAGUCUUAAUCGACUUCUCUUCUUUUCUUUUUCUCGAUCAUGUCUUCUUCUCUUCUCUUCUUCGUUUCUCUUCUUCUUCUCUUCUCUUCUUCUUCUCUUCUCUUCGUCAACGGACAGACCACAACGGCUUGUAUUCUUCGCCAGGACUAUGCUUCUCUCUCUCAGUCGAUUGCUGAGCUCAGGCAUUAUGCUCCCGGUGUUCCCAUUAUCUUCGUUAGAACAAAACUUGACCUUCGAGAUGACAAGCGAUUCUUCACCAUGCUCAAGCUUCGUGCUAAACUGGCAUGCGCUCAGUCAAAAUCUGACUCGGAGAAGCUUGUAGCGGAUCUGACUAACCGAGUGGAGUUACUGCUUCAGGAAAUCCUCACUUUGCUCCAGAGAGCUGGUGAAAUAAACAAAAGUCUUCUUACAUUAGGGCGAGUGAUCAGUGCUCUGGUAGAAAAUCUUGGACACAUUCCUUCCAGGGAUAGUAAGCUAGGUGAUUCACUUGGUGGGAGAACAAAGACAUGUAUCAUUGCAACACUUUCACCUGCUGUUCACUGUCUCGAGGAGACCUUAAGUGCUCUAGAUUACGCACACAGGGCAAAGCAUAUUAGGAGCAAACCAGAGCUUAACCAGAAAAUGAUGACAUCUGCUUUGAUAAAGGACCUUUAUGGUGAAAUAGAACGACUUAAGGCGGAGGUCUAUGCUUCCCGUGAGAAAAAUUGUGUUUAUAUGCCAAAAGAGAGAUACUAUCAAAAAAAGGCAAUGGCUGAGCAGAUUGAACAGAUGGGUGGUCAAACAGAGAAUUAUCAAAAGCUACUUGAGGAGAUGCAAGGCAAGUACACGGGCCAAGCUCGGGACUGCUCUGAUCUGACUAACAGGCUUGAUGUCACCGAGAAAAAGCUGAGCCAAACGAGCAAGAUGCUUGCUUCCACCAACGAGGAACUGAAGAAAUCUCAAUAUGCCAUGAAGGAGAAAGAUUUCAUUACUUCAGAGCAGAAAAAAGCUGGGAGAGAGGACAAGCUCAGUGCGGAUAACAGAAAAGUGGUGGACAAUUAUCAAGUAGAACUUUUUUCUGAACAUUUCUCCAAUAUGUUCAGUAAGGUUGCUUCAUGUCUGUCCCAGCAAAAUGCACACCUUCAGGGUGUUAACAAACUGUCCCAAUCUCGUUUAGAAGCGCACAACAAGGCCAUUCUGGUUCGAGCUUCAAGGGAUAUAUUUACUUCUCACUUGGAGGCAGUGCAGAAUGUAGUCCGCUUGCACAAGCCAAACUCGAGUGCUUGCCUCGAGGAAUUUCUUGCUUCCGGGGAUGGGACAACACCGUCGUUAUGUGAUGAACUUCAGAAUGCUCUUGCUUCAGGAGAAAUGGCUCUCUUUGCCGGGGAAUUGAGACUGGUGGAUUCAAGACUCCACAGCUUUAAAGAUGCCGUCUCUUCCAACGAAACGUUCUCGGAUGAACACGUCUCUGUCGUACAUAAUCUGACUGAUGACGCAAAGAGAAAGUGGGAGACAGUUUCCAUGCAAGCUGAGAAUGACGCCAGAGAAGGUGCUGAUUUCUCGGCUGCAAAACACUGUCGAAUGGAGUUGCUGCUUCAGCAAUCUGUGGGUCAUGCGGAGUUAGCUUUCAAACACUGCAACUUAACUCAUGAAUCUCUCAACAGCAAGCAAGUCGCAGAUGUGUCUUUACUCGUUAACUCUGCUUGUGAUAACGACCAGCACGAUACAUGGUAAGUUGUUCCUCACAGCAUAGUAAAGUAACAUUACUUACUCUCUUCACUCUUUAAAGAAACUUAUCCCAAGCUCUCUCUCAUUUACGGGCCUGCGAAAAGUUUGUAACCUCUGCUUUACCCUUGUUGGGUUUCAAAUAUUAUAAAGACGACAAAAAAAAAAAAAUAUAUAUAUAUACUGUUACAAAUUACCCAUCCACCAGAUGCCUCUUCUUUCUUUUGACUUGUACAACAUUUUUUAGUUUAUCAAUACAAAUUAAGGCAUAC